AAUUGGCCAUACGGCGUCCACUUCACAGCGCGCACAAAUCCCUGUUAUGUGGAUCUGUCACACUUUGUCAAGCUCUUGUAUGGCUAAAGCCGGAGACUAUCUACCAACCGGACACAGUUUAAGGAGUUAAAAGUUUUUAAUUGUUUGUGUCUUGAACGACUCUUUUCAUCUCGCUAUCAAUGAUGACAGAGAACAAUGAGAUUGAGAGCGAGUCGCAGCUCCAGCGCUCUCCAAGCACUAUGUCCAUCCAACCGAUGACAUCUAAGCUCCAGAGACUAAAACGCUCGCUGUCAUUUAAGACCAUCAUGCGCAGCAAAAGUGUGGAGAACUUCUUCCAAAGGUCCUACAGUGAUGCUCGCCUGCCCCCGGAUUUCAUCACUGACCCACCGCCUCCUUCUCCCCCACUGUUGCCUGGUUCUCCUCUCGUGGGCGACCGCUCACCGUCCAUUUCACCAUCUCUCAGCCCCAACCCCUCCAUCUCCUCCCACUCCCCCUCUCUCAGCCUUUCCCCAUCACUGCCCACCAAGCCAUCCCAGCCUCAGAUUACCCACUGUUUCCAGGACCAUGUCUUUCGCAAGCCCACCAACUGCCAGCACUGCAAGCACAUGAUAGUGGGAAACUCCAAACAGGCUCUGCGGUGUAAAACGUGCAAGAUGGCUGCUCACCUGUGGUGCACCUCAGAACUGUCGCAGCAGCCGUGUCAUGGAAAGUCUGGAGCAUUCAAACGAAACUUCAGCUCACCGAUGCUUGUCAAUGACCAAUUGUCUGUCGUCAAGGAAGUUCAGCCAAGCCAAGAGGCUGCGCGGAUGCGUGUAGACCCCGUGUAUGCUGCCUUGCGUUACGGGACGUCCUUGGCACAGAUGAGCCGCUCCAGUUUUGGCAGUUUGUCAGAGUCACCAACACGCAGCCUGGGUGAGGGAGGUGAGGAGAGUCAGCAGAGACAGUGCAGCAUGGAGGAAGAAAUAACUCAGGAGACAGGGGACACCCCUGUCCCUGACACCGAGAUCGAGAAGGAGGAAGACGAGAGCAGCGGCCAAGCUCAGACUCCUGCAGAGGAGAGUAGUGUGAAGGGCAAGAGUGGCGACAGAGUCGGCUUCUUCCCUGCCAACUUUGUGCAGAGGGUCCGGCCAGGAGAGAGAGUGUGGCGGGUUGUCCAAGGCCUUCCAGGCAACCGAGAGAGAGGACAUAUGGCCGUGAGGGAAUCCCAGAUCUGUGUGGGAAAGCUAGAAGACGGUGAGGUGUUCCUGAAGCUGAGCAGUGGAAAGAAGAGAGGUCUGGUCCCAGCUGACUCUAUAGAGGAGAUCUGAGCCCUUGUGUGCACAUCACCAUCCUUCUACUUCCACUUCCCCCUGGGACGCACCCAUCUUCAAACUAUCACCACCACCCCUCCCCCAUCCUCCCCUCGGCACAAAGAUAGCCGCAGCCUCUCCAACCAGUCCUGACUGACUUUAACCAAACACAGAUAAACUGGAUGAAAAACAAACAUGAAAAACCUUUGCAAAGAGCUGGGACCACAGAUGAUCAGUUCAAUUGGUUUACUGUCUUCAAUAGAGUCUUUAAUAGAGUGUACAGUUAUGGAGUAAUCCUUCUCUUAGAAAAGAACUGUUCUCAGCAGUCUAGCGUUGCUGUAGGUUUAUCUUUCCGAUACAAAAAUCUAUGUUUAGUUAGACAAAGGGUGCGCAAGUCAAAAAUGCUUCAAAUAUGCUUGCUGGAUGCCAGUUCACAUUUUGUUUUUCCUCAUCAAAACGACGUCUACCAACGUGGGAGGAGGCUGAGUUCUGUAAUGGGAACAUGAUGCUCAGUGUCCUUUUCUUGUUUCUACCCACUCCAUAUGUCUCAUCCCUAUCUGCUCAUGUCAGGGUCUCUGGCCUGGGGACUGAUACCAGCUUCAUGUAGACUGGUACACGGCAUGAGGCACUCGCCAAGGACAGCCACUGCCAGCCAGAGAAAGCUACUGCCACUCAGACAGACCGGAGAAUCAGAUGAAAGGAGUGCACACAAUCCAAAAAUCCCCAGCAGUGUCAGGCUGAGUUAUAACUGCACUUGCUAACUUGGGAGAGCAGCAAUGAGAAGAUUUUCAAAGGACAAUUGGAAGCUCUGAGGAUCUUUUCACAGGAAACUCAAAAGCUUUUUCUCCUGACUUUUUCAGUGUUGGUAACUCAGAAAGAUCAGCAGUUUUAAGAAGAGAUUAUGCAAGAGAAAGCUAAAGGAGAUGAGAUUAAACUUGCGUGUGAGUCUCGCUAGGAAAACUGGGAGGACCAUCUCUCCCUCGUUUGGCUGGUUGUCAUGAGCAAUGAGCAAAAAAAGUGUCAAAAUCUCAAGUGUAGCAGUUACAAGUGGCAGGAACUGUUCUCCUGUUUUCAUAUAAAAGAGCUCGGCAGGCAUAAAAGGGUUGGUCUUUGAGUAGACUGACUGAAGAGUCGCAGCGGGUGUUGCAUGUGUUGAACAGCAUUUUAACAUGACUUCACCAGAGCUGGAACAGCGGGGAAUAAACUGCAGCCAGUCUGCCAGAAAAACAACACAAUGGGGAUCUUUCUGACCACGACAAGGAGUCUAAGUUUCACUGACAGUUUGGAGAAGGACACAAGAAAACAGAGGGUGGAGGAGGUGCAGUGAGAGGAAUGACAUCAGUGUUGAAGCGUUAUGAGUCAGUGUGUGCAUGCAGGUAGUGUUGUACCCAUGGGUGCAACGAGUCAUCAUUGAUCAAAUGUCAGUCUGUCAUCUUCAUCUUCCACUCCCUGUUUGGUCUCUCUUGUCCUUACUUUAUUGUUAUGACUGAUCAGUUAUGACAUAAAGUGAAGGCAUUUUUUUCUUGUAGGUCCUGUAAGUAUACAUUUGAUGGUUUCUUCCAUCGAUUCAUUCAUUACUUAUUUAACAAAUGUGAUGCAUUUCUUUGAAAGAACACCUUGUUCCAGAGAGAGGAUACACACACACGAACAUAAAUGUAGGAUUGAAGCACAGAACACAACAGUAGAUUGAUGGCACUACUAAUUAUGAAAUAAUUUAACUCAUAUGUCUUCUUUCAGAGCACAGAGAUCUAGCUUACAUGUUCCUUCUUUAGUCUACAUUUCAAUAUAUGUGAAAGCCUUUAGAGGCUGUGAGAAAUAAGCUUCUCUUCUUGUAAUAUUGAGAAUAGCACUUUAUUUUGUGUCAUCUGAAUAAUACUUUUAGUUGAGGUAUCUCCUUCAUAGUGAUAGCUGUCAUACUUUAGCUGCAACAUCACUUCACUUCACUUCACCAUUGAGCUCUUUGGGCUGAUGGCUUGUCUUUGUACGUCAGAUGUUUCUGAAAGUCAAAAAAUAUCAGAGAUGAAAGAAAACUGAGAAUUACACAGCAGCAACCAUCCUGGAGAAAAACGGUAUCAGAGCAGAACUGGAUUUAUGAUUUUACCCAUGUAAACACUUUGUUAUCUUGCAUUGCGCCUAGUUUUAUGUAGCGUCACAUGUUCACAACUUUGAGAAUUCAAAAU